GUCCACGUGGCACCACAGUUUUCGGACAUUCUCAUCGGGAGCCACUCUACAGUCGUAGUACGUCCAUCAGGGUCUUCCAUUCCCAUCUUCAACGCAAACAAACCACUCAUUCUCUUAAUAAUCCAUGGCUUCAACAAACUACACAUCUCUGUGUUCUUCUUCACUUGUACGAAGAAUCAUUUCCCCGAAGCAAAACCAGUUGCUUUGUUCUUCGUUCAAUCUAAACCAAUUUACGAAUCACCCAUUUAUGAGUAGCAGUUUCUGCAAUUCCCACCCGUUAAAUACUCCAUCUUUGGUGCUCAAGGCUUCCCAAACAGAAAUUGAAGGCAGUGGAGAGGAGAAAUAUGAAAAGUAUGAGGUCGAAAUAGUGAAGCCAUAUGGGCUGAAAUUUGUCAAGGGGAGAGAUGGCGGAACAUACAUUGAUGCAGUUGAACCGGGAGGAUCAGCUGAUAAGACUGGAAUGUUCACUGUUGGUGAUAAAGUUAUUGCCACCAGUUCCGUCUCAUCCCUACCAUCCGUUCCAUCUGCAUCGGUUUAGCUAUCAGCUUCAAUAGCCCUACCGUUUCCUUCAAUUCGUCCCUAAGCAGUAAGCGGUUCCCAACUCGGCUAUCAUGUAAAUGGUUCUGUCCGCUCCCAUCCCAUCGCUAUCCUAGUACUCAAGUGGCUCAUACUCCAGGCCUUGUGGCUUCAGCAAUGAUACUAUAAGUGUGUGUUUUUGCAAUUUCGGAAAAACUUCCGCGCUUCUUCCAGACCUUUACAAUUGCAGUGUUUGGAGAUGACAUAUGGCCUUCUGCUGAAUAUGGAAGAACAAUGUAUACAAUUCGGCAGAGAUUAGGCCCUUUGUUCAUGAAAAUGGAGAAGAGAUAUGGGAAGAUGGAUAGUAUGGGUGAGUUGUCAGAAAAGGAAAUUAUUAGACAGGAAAGGAAUGCCGGUUUCAUCAGUGAUAGGGUGAGAGAGAUUCAGUUUACAAAUGCAAUGAGGAAAAAGGAACAGAAAGAGCGCAGAGGAAUGGAUCUUCGUGAAGGACUUCAUCUAUACAAGAGUGGCAAAUAUGAAGAAGCACUAGAGGCAUUUGAGUCUGUAUUAGGAUCAAGACCAGAUCCAAAUGAAGCUGCAGUAGCAAGUUAUAAUGUCGCAUGUUGUUAUUCUAAGCUUAAUCAGAUUGAAGCUGGAUUGUCUGCCUUGGAGGAUGCAAUGAAUGCGGGAUUUGAAGAUUUCAAGAGAGUUAGAACAGAUCCUGAUCUUGCCAAUCUCAGGACAUCACAUAACUUUGAAUCCCUUCUUAAGAAAUUUGACGAAUCAUUCAUCAAUGAAAGCGCAAUCCAUGCGCUUAAAUCCCUGUUUGGGUUCAACAAAAAGUAGAGCCAGCUGUUUGGAUAGGGCUCCUGCUUAGAGAUAUAGCUGAGCAUGUAUAUGAAUCCUGCAAGAAAAUUGUUGUUAUUUUGUAACUCUAUGCUGCAACUGUACUUGAUUAAAUUUCAUGUACUUGUAUUAGAUGAAGGUCUGAAAGAAAUUAUGGAGUUAUAAAUUAUCAACAGGGAUGUCUCAUUGUUCUUUACUUGUAGGCUGUAGCAUGUCACCCUAGCGAAGCAUGUAGUUUUUUAACGCUUCACUAUUGAUUAUUCUAUCCGUCCUUAAAUCGUUAUUGACUUAUUGCUGCUUAUUCCAAAAAAAACC